AUGACAUUCGAUCGAGUAGUGGCGAUUUUUCUCUUGGUCAGUGCUUGUCACGGCAUCAUUCCGCCCUCGGAGAAGGCAACGUCACGAGAAGCGCCGUAUUUUGUGUACAUUUCGGACGGGUAUUCGUACUGCGGGGGAGCAAUUAUACAAAAAGAUGUAAUCAUCACCGCAGCUCAUUGCCUGAAGGAAUUUAUGACAAAUUACAAGUCAAUUGAAGUAACUGCUGGCACGACAACUCCCAAUGCUCGUGAUAAAAACGCCCAACGUCUCUCCGUCAAAGAUGCCAUCGUUCACGAAGGCUACAAACUCGGCGAAAACGGCGUUCAAGCUUACAACGACAUCGCCAUCAUCAAACUUUCCAAGCCUUUCCGUGCCUCAAACAAUCUCCAACCCAUCAAAAUCGCCCGUUUCGACCCCCAAACCACUUUAUGGGUCUACGGUUACGGCAGCACUCACGAAACCUUCAACGUUCCCUCCGACGAGCUUCGCCGCAAAAAUGUCACGUUCAUCCCGGAUCCCGAUUGCCAAAAAAUUCUCGACGCAACCCGAACGAAAAGUGUGAAACAGCGUUACGAAAUUUGCAUGAGCACGAGCAUGUGUCACGGCGAUUCCGGAAGCCCCGUGAUCCAAAUUCAGCAGGGAAGCCCGCGAAUUGUCGGAAUUGCGUCGUGGGUCGCUGACGAUAUCUACGGGUGUGAUACGCCGCCUGCGGUCGCUGUGAACGUUGCGGAGUUUGGAUCGUGGAUUGGCGAGGCGCUCAAGAAACUCGGUAGAAAGUGA